ACAAGCUACAAGGCGCUGCCACAUUUUUUGCCAAGUGAUCAACAAGAAUAAGGACAUUCAUUUUGUAAAAAGUGUCUCAGCUCAAUUGGGAAGAACUCUGCACAAACUCCUGUUUAGAAUUCAAGAAGGGUUGUCCUAGAGAAGAAUUUAUACCGGUCUACAGACCCUGACGCCUGGUCACCAGCAUGGAGGAGAUUCCUGGUUCCCCCUGUUUGUUGGUAUAUCAGGAUGAUAGUGAUGUUCUACAGCUGAAUAUGGAGACUGUACAGAGAUGUUUUAUAGACUGUCAGAUUGACGACUACCCCCUGUGUCUCCUCUUUGUGAUUGGGGAGAAGAGAUGUGGAAAAUCUUUUCUAAUGAAUUAUACUCUGAGAGCUCUUUAUAACCAGGAGAGGGGAGCAGCUAUAGGAGCGGACAUUAUGGGGGAUGAAAAUGAACGUCUCACAGGAUUUGAAUGGAAAAAUGGAGCUGACUCUGUAACCAAAGGAAUAUGGAUCUGGGACCGACCGAUCAUACUGGAGAGGAACGGUGAGAAGAUGGCCGUCUUCAUCCUGGACACGGAGGGGUCAUUGGAUACUGACAGGGACCAAGAGAUCAGCAAUAAAUUAUCUGCAUUGUCCUUGUUCCUCAGCUCCUACAUGAUUUUCAAUGUCAAUAAAGGUCUCAAAACAACAGAAUUGGAUCUUCUUGAGAUAUAUGAAUACAUCCAGGAAUGUCUCCAAAGUUUUGUCAACUUUAAUUUGAUAGAAAAUUCCUCAGCAGGGACACAGUUAGAGCAGAGCUUAGACAUUCUGGUGCGAGACUGGAAUAAUCCCGGGGACUGUGGAAGAGAAGCCGGACGGAGAAAUCUAGACCACGAAAUACAGAAACUAAUGAAGAGUACCCAACGUGACAAAAUUAUUCAGGUUCUUCAGACUUCAUCUGUCAGAUCCUUCCUCUUACCUCAUCCUGGAAAUAAAUUUCUCCAAUCAGAAGAGGGAAAUCUCAAAGUAAUGGAUGAGAUUUUCAGGAAUCACUUCACUACAUACAUCUCUGAGCUGUUGACCACAAUUUGGAACCAUCCAAAAACUGAUACCAGAGGAAAUUACAUUAAAUGUGGAGAUCUGAUACAGUAUCUGGAGAAAUUUGUAAAUUUCCUACGGAUGAAUGAGUUCAACUUUGGCUCCCCGAAACAGAUGUAUUUCUCUUUGAAAAAUGUCACAAACAAGAAUAAUAUCACCAAGAGGCUGGACAUCUUCCUGGAAAAUGUGGAUCCACCAGUAAAUAAUGUCUUAGAGAUUACACCAUCUGCAAUGAGGUCAAUGGUUGAGGAUGAGAUCAGAUCUCUUCAGUCUGAGUACAGAAAUCUCCUCCUGACCGACUCUGAGGACAAAAAGAAAAAUCUCAUAGAAGAUCUAAAAUCUGAACUAAAAAAGAAAAUGGAAAUGUUUUGCUCCAAAUACUCUGAAAAGUACAAGUGGAGGUGUGACGAGGAAAACCGAAGAAACAAGGAUAUAAUCAACAGCCGUCUGGAGGACUUUAUGGAGGAAAAGCGUUCCUUGCUAUGUGAAGGAUUUAUGAUAAAACCAUCUGCACUGAGGUCGGACAUUGAGGCUAAGAUCAUCUCACUCCUGGCUGAAUAUGGAGACCUCCUUCUGACCGACUCUGAGGAAGAGAAGAGGCGUCUUGUAGAUGUUCUACAAUAUGAACUAGAAGAGAAACAAGAAACAUUUUGCCUUAAAUACUCUAUAAAGUUCAAGGAACAAUGUGAUGAGAAAAACCUGAGAACAAGGGAAAAUAUGACUAAGGAGCUGCAGGAUUUCCUGAAAGAAAAGAAUCCAAAAUGGUAUAAGAUCUUGAGGAUGAAACCAUCUAAAAUGAAGUCAAUAGUUGAGGAUGAGAUCAGAUCUCUCCAGUCUACGUAUGGAGACCUCCUGCUGACCGACUCUGAGGAAGAGAAGAGACAUCUCAUGGAUGAUCUAGAAUCUGAAUUAAAAGAGAAACAAACCAAAUUUCUCUCUAAAUACUAUAUUAAGUAUGCAGCAGUGGUGGGUGGUGCAGUGGGUGCCGGUGUUCUGACUACAGCUGGAGCGGCAGUAGGUGGAGUCAUAGCUGGCGGAGUUAUAGCUGAAGUGGCCCUUGGUGUAGAGGUGGCAGCAGUCAUACCUGCUGGUGGAGCCAUUCUAGGUGGGGCCUUAGGAGGAGGGUUAGGAGUAAUUAUUAAUCAUGUUAAGGAUUGGUGGAGAAGAAAUUCAAACAGGAAUCAAAACGGAAAACAAAAUAGCAGAAACGUCUUUCGACAAAAUCCUGCAGAUGACACUACACCCCUGCUGCAAUGAUGGAGUAGUUUAGUACAUCAUUGUACAGUUACCCCUCGACCUAUGAUGGCCCCGACAUACGAUAAUUUCAACAUGCGAUGGCCUCUCAGAGGCCAUCACAUGGUGAAGGCAGCAUCAACAUACGAUGCAUUUGUAUGUCGGGGCCAUCGCAUAAACGGCUAUCCGGCAGCGCAGACUGCUUCAUCUGCCACCAGAUAGCCGUUUACAGUGCCCCGUGAGCUCCGGUGAUGUCUCUUACCUGUCCUCGGGGCUCCGUCGUGUCCUCUUCGGGAUCCUCUGCAUCGUCGGUGCUCUCCAUCGUCAUCAUCACGUCGCUGCGCACGCUGUCCUGUCAUCCAAUAGGAGCGCCGGGUAUUGUAGUUUUGCAACAUCUGGAGGUCCGCAGGUUGUAGACCACUGUCCUAUACUUUACAUUGCACGGAUCCCUCAACAUGUGAUGGUUUCAACAAACGAUGGUCCAUUUGGAACGGAUUACCAUGAUAUGUUGAGGGACCACUGUAUAAUCAUGGCUGUCUUUUAUAUAUAAUAUGAUCUAAUCAGCUGUAAGGACAUAUUCACACAUAGCAGAAGGGAUGCAGCAGGAAGCCGCACCACAUAUAACAGGCUAAAACAAAACUACGUGAUUUAAAAAAAAAACAUCUUUAGCAAAUAUUGUAGGUUUCCAUGUGAUUUUCUCCUGUUUAUGCUUUCUGUGUAACCCUAACUAC